CCUGUCCGUUUCUGUGGGCGGAGCUGAGAGUAUACUCGCAAACUUCAGGUGCAGAACAAAACGGGUUUCUUUAUUUACACAUUUAAAAGGCUGGAAUUUAUUCAGGGAAGAACGAGAACAUUAAAAAUGUCGGGGAAAUGGCACGUUCAUAUUGAAGUAUAACGUGUGCUCGGCUGUGUCUUCCUGAAUGAUAAGACAUGAUUUAAAGAUUUUGUUCCCCGGAAGAUGAAGACGCCCGUGACAACGGUAGCCGGCGUGUUUCUGGAGUUCUGCAUCAUCGCCUGCAGCCGGACUGCCAGUCUAGAUGGCAAAACUGGAGUACUGGGUCCAGUGCCAUUCUCUGGUGUUUCUAACAUCUCCUCCCUCCUGUUGGAUGAAGCUUCUGGAAUUUUGUACCUGGGAGCUCGUGACACCAUCCUGGCUUUGAAUGCCUCCACCCUCACGAGCACACACACACAGAUCACGUGGAAUGUUCCAGAGGAACAGAGGAAGAUCUGUGAGACGAAGGGAAAGAGUGAGGCUGACUGCCGCAACUACAUCCUGGUGCUGGAGUUUGUGAGUGAGGGUCAGAUCUAUGCGUGUGGCACCUAUGCCUUCGAUCCGCAGUGCACCUUCAUCAGAACAGCAGAUUUCUCUCUGGAGAUGGAGGAUGAUGGCUCCGUGAGGGUGGAGACAGGGAAGGGGAAGUGUCCGUUUGACCCCAAGUACACACACACUACUGUAACAGCAGAUGGGACUCUUUACAGCGCCACCACCAGUAACUUCAUGGGUACCACACCCAUCAUCUCCCGGGCAACGGGCAGGGAGCGGGUCCGUACCGAAGAGUCUCUCAGCUGGCUGAGCGCUCCUGAGUUUGUGAGCUCUGCAGUAGUGCAGUUAAGUCAGGACAGCUCUGCUGGAGACGAUGAUGAGAUCUUCUUCUUCUUCACGGAAGUCGCAGAGGAGUACAACUUCUACAGCAAGAUCAAAGUGCCCAGAGUGGCACGUGUGUGCAAGGGGGAUGUAGGAGGUAUGAAGACGCUGCAGAAGCGUUGGACGUCCUUCCUGAAGGCGGGACUUGUGUGUGAGGACAGAGAGAGAGGCGAGCGCUACAACAUCCUGCGUGCCGUCCACACCCUCGAGCACCAGCCCGGAAAGCCACACAGCACACACUUCUACAGCAUACACAGCUCAACAUGGGACUCUGUAUCUGCAGUGUGUGUGUACAGCCUGGCUGAUAUUCUGGAGGUCUUGAAGGGCCCAUUUAAACAAAAGAAGAGCUGCGAGAGCUCAUCCAAUCCAGAGACUCUCCUCAGGCCCCGCCCUGGACAGUGCAUCAGCGCGGCCCUGAAGGCUGAAGGGUUUGAGUCCUCUCUCAGUCUGCCUGAUGACGUGCUGUUCUUCCUGAGGGACCACCCCUUGAUGGAGAACAGUGUGGUAGCAGUGCCCCUCAUGGUCCGGAGGGGAAUUACAUACACCAAGAUUGCUGCUACUUUGAUGUCUGUAUCCAAUGAUAACCCUGCUGCCAUUCUACACCUGGGCACAGAUACAGGGGAACUGCACAGAGUCUCAGUGGGGGGUCAGUCUGCCACUCUGCUCCAGGAGAUCCCACUGUUCCACACACCCGUGAACAACAUCUUAUUACACCAGGACCAGGUGAUAGUGAGCUCAGGUGUCUCAGUAGCUUGUCUUCCUGCAGGGGGCUGUGGCCUGUACCCCAGCUGUGAGCUGUGUGCCCUCACCAAGAGACAUGGUUGUGUGUGGAGAGAGGGGGUCUGUACCCCCAUCACAUCCAGGGGCCCAGAGGCUGAAGGGCCUGAGGAGCCACAGUGGGUGUGUGAGAGUGCUGAAGCACGCUGUUCCCCAGAUGUGCAGGUGCUCCAGGUGAGGGCGGGGCUGCAGAUCCUCCUGCCCUGCGUACAGGUGUCACCCCGCCCCUGCUUCUGGACACACCCCCCCGGGCGCAGCACACGUCUGCAGCACUGGGACCUGGUGGUCAUGGUAACCACAGAAACAGUGGGCUCGUACUCCUGCUACUGCCAGGAGGACCGGGCGGGGCAGGAGGGGCGGGCCCAGUGUCUGCGGGCAGCCUAUCAGCUGGUCCUGGAGGACCCCAGCACGGGCAGCAGCGUGGGCGCCCCCCAGCCCCGGAGGUUCGUAGGGCUGUACCUGGCCUGCCUGUUCCUGGGACUCCUGUUUGUGGCCUUGCCAUUCGCCAGGCUCCGAGCGCAGAGCCCCGCCCCUCGCCACCUCACGCAGAAGGAGGGCAGGGCUUCCUGAGGGCCUGCUGAAUUCGAUCUCAGUUCAGCCGAAAUCAACAGAAACCCCGUUCCUGAAUGAAAAGCAGUUCAUUUCUUGCACUCACUGACUGAGCUGAAGGGGAAGUGACAUCAGUGCUCUGGGAUGGCUUUGGCGACACCAGCACUUCAUUAGCAUUUUACUCCAAUUUCUUCUUAUUUCUGUAGAGAAGCACGCCAGCACCAGAGGCGCUCCCUUUUCCUUUCAGACGUUACUGACGCUGGUCGGCUCACUAACCCCUAAAGCAGGGAAGCACUGUGUGCACUGGGACUGCAGACGCCUUUAGGGCUCAAAUCUUUAUGCCAAUGUGUUUCUUUUCAGUGUAAAUAUCCAAAAAUCAAGAGUGUUUUUAGAUGUGCUGACCACACAUAAACUGGUGUUAAUGAUGUUGUCGAAUCAUCAUAAUAAAGCAUUCCAUCACCA